AUGAAGUUCUCCGCUACCUUUCUCACUCUCAUUACCAUUUUCGGCUUUGCUGCCGCUUCGCCUCAGCGCGGAGGAAGCAAACAACAACAAAAUGCAGAUAAGCAGGCCCUCCGAGACCUUGCCGGCACAGCAGUUGACCCCAACCUCGAAAACGGCACCAGGCUCCUUUCUAAUGGCCAGGGGCACCGUGGUAACUGA